AUGUUAGGCAAUCAAUUCACCCAAGUGCAAACUGAAUUUGGCCAGAACAUGUCUGUGUAUGGACACACAUACCGGAAGAAACAACUUUACUCGACUUUGAUGUUUAAAGUCUCUAGACGUGCAUUGAGAUACAUCCACACUGAAUCACAAAGAGUCGAGUUUACUGGUAUGGAUAGCUUGAAGUGUGGUUGUCUGAUGAGGACUAACUACGGGCUGCCAUGUGCGUGUUUGAUUGCCAAGAAACUGCACCACAAUAGGCCCAUUAGACUCGAUGAGGUGUACAAACAUUGGAAGAUAAUUUGUUUCCAAGAUGAAGAAGUUGGUGGCGACGUCGAGGACGAUUAUGCGUGCACGACAGAGUGGCAAGCAAUUCAGGAACGAUUGAGGACAUCUGAUGUAAGCAUGAAACAUGAGAUCCGAGAUCAACUUCGCAAGAUUGCGUAUCCUGCAACCACCGAUGUGGAGCCUCCGACCACAAAUGUAAAAUCAAAAGGGGCUAAAAAGAAAAAGGUGGUCCGUGAAACAAGAUCCACCAGCAGAGAUAAGUCUAGAUGGGAGCAUGUUGAAGAAUAUUUCACGGAGACACAAGCGUCGCAAUCGUCAAAGCCAUCUCCGUCAAUUCCGUCCCACUCAAGGCCAUCAUCAUCACAACCUACCGCAUCAAACCAUAUGCCUACGGUGUCUGAAGCUCCGCUCACUAUGUCCAACCCAUUGCCACUAACCUCAUCAUCUCAAAUUUUUGGAAUUAACCACAUGCCAAAAUUCAUGCAUCCCUUCAUUGAAGAUAUCACCAACGUGGACGGCGACGGCUAUUGUGGUUAUCGUGCCGUUGCAUUGGCUCAGAGAGGCAACGAAGAUGAUUUUGAGCUGAUACGGUGCAACAUGAGCAGGGAGUUGCGAUUGAAUAAGGAUAUGUAUGUUGCUAUAUUUGGUUGCGAGGAGCGUUACCAAUAUAUCUGUGAUGCACUACUCCCACCCCCGAGGACGAGACAACGUAAUAGUAUUAGGAAUAGUGUUGCACCGAUGGAUAAAUGGUUCACGUUGCCGGAUAUGGGACAUAUCGUGGCCACCAUAUUGGAUAGAGUAGUUGUUCAGCUCUCCGUACUUCAAAACGGCCCUUGUGAAACUUUUUUCCCAUUGCGUUGCAUUUCGUCACCAAACCCGUCUUCAAGGGUUAUUUGCCUUGGCGUGUUACCGGAUCACUAUGUUUUGGUAAAGCUUAAAGUUGGGUGUCCGAUACCCAAAUCAAACAAAUCGUGGAAGCAAUAUUGUGCUAAACAAAGUUUGGGCUGGGAAGCUUCAUUCACAUCUGCGCAGCAUAAGUUCGAGGAGAUGAUGAGCACCGAGAACGUUGUCCCCGUCAAAACAGUUGGUGCAGGCAGUAGAGAAACUCUGUUGGUGAUUGACUGA